AUAAAGAAAACACUAGAAGGAGUAUGCUUUGACGGAAAGUGCAAGCCAGUGCCCUCUACGACAGAAGCUCCAACUACACAGGAAGGAAGCAGUGCUACCGCAGUUUCCACUGCACAGACAAACGCUGCUGCAACAACGGGAGCUGGCGAUGAAUCAUCUACUAAGUCAACUACAGACGCAGAAGACGUGCAAACCUUGUCAACAUCCACUACUAGUGGAGUGCAAGAAGGUGAUGAGACGAACACUAACCAGGGUGCCACCUUUCAAGCUGAAAGUACCACAGUUACAUCUGAGUCGGCUACAUCUGAACGGCCGGCGGGUCCUGAAGAACAAGCCACGACCGCAAACCCAUCGCCAAGUGAGGGUGAAGAAGCGCGCACCGAAGAAAACGUGAGUGAAGGAGCAAGAACUGCCACGUCUGAAGAAUUUGGGACGACUGAGAACACUGGUCAUUUAGCUGUUGAAGUAACUACGACCCUGCAGCAAACCACAGUCGAAUCUGUGCGCGAAGGCACGGCUGAACAAUCGGAGACAGACAUUGCUGGAAGUGGGCAAGAGGGAACUCCGUCAGUCGAUGAGGCAACAACACAAAAUGAAGUAAAAGAGGAUGGGGAGCAGGUGACCACUGCCGCUGGCCCUGCUACUGGUGACGACGAAGAGGAAGGAUCAGGAAACACUGAAGGAGAGGAGACAUCCGACGUUUCUCUUCAGGAAGCGACAACAAGCGGCAGCGGUGUUGAGAAUGCUGUGGCUGUAGUUUCCGAAACGGACGCUGUCAUUGUUGACGAAUCCACUCAGUCAGCAACUGAAGGUAGAACCGACGGUGACGCCAAGUUGGGAACAGAUGAGCCGCAAACAAGCCAGGCAUCCGACACGACAACAGGAUCGGACGCCACUACAAACACCGGAGAUCAAGACCAAGGUGCAAGUUCCGUUACUGAGCCGGCGCAGGACGCACAAACCACAGCGUCAGCACUCACAGAUGAUUUCCAAGAAGCUACUCACACAGAGAACGCCGAUAAAGAAGUUGUCAUUGACGUGACUGCAGCGUCCCAGGAAAAUCCUAGCACUCUUCCAGCUCAAGAAUCCGGUGAUUAUUCGGCAACCACCACUACAGCUGACCUUGCGCCCGCAACAGCGACCUCAAGUGAUGUUUCGAAUGCAGAAGAGCAGGUUACUGAAGAACACAGUUCAGCAACCACCGAACGAGCUUUCGAAACAACCACCGCAUCGGUUGAAUCAGAGACUGCUAAAGUCAUCACAACUGUCACUCGUAAGGAGAUCGUUCGUCCAGUAGGGUCUGAUGACCUAUCAGAAGCCACUCUUGUUGAUUCAACGCGCACCACCUCCGUAGAAACAUUGCCCGUAUCGGAGUUGAACGACACCGUGAAACCUACAAGAGAAGAAUCCGACGUUUCUGCUUCUAGUGACAAUCCUAGCGUAGCUGCAGAUGAAGCCGUUGUAGGGUCCCAAGAUAGCUCAUCUGAUGGUGCUUUGGUGAAUGAACCUGAAGCCGGCGCCACGACGGCUUCUACAGUAGAAGAAGCAGAGGCAGAGUUCGUUGUGACUGAACAACCUGAAACAAAAGUAAUGACCGUCUUCGAUGAAACCACUGAAGGGACCACAGUUGCGGACGAAUCAGCAACCGUCAAAAUUGUGACAACUAUAACUAAAAAGGAGAUAACUAGGCCCAUAGAUGAUGAAGCUGACCAUUCUGAAGGAAACUCCGUAGAUACGACGCGUACCACAUCUGUUGAGACAUUGCCGCUAUCCGAAGUGGACGAAAAGAUCGCUUCUAGUGAAGCAGAGUCCGCAGUUGGGGAUACCACCACUGUGGCUGAAGAGGUGCUCCAACCAGAACAGAAAUCACCGGAAGCUAGCUCUCCUGCAUUUGCAGAUGAGUCCCCUGACAGUACGACCGCUGGCCCAGCUGCUGAGCCAGCUACUGUGAAAGUCAUAACAACUGUCACUCACAAAGAGAUUGUACGUCCAGUUGAUUCGGACUCGCCCUCUGACGCUACGGUGGUGGAUGCCUCAAAAACCACCUCAGUAGAGACACUGUCCGCAUCCGAAUAUCAAAAUGCUGGCGAGUCUAGCACAGCGCAAUCAGAAGUUGCAUCCACGAGUGAAACGAACGUUCCGGCGAGCGAUGACACGACAGCUAAUUACGCAGUAAGCAGCGGACCAUCAAUAGUCAUCACUGAUUUCGUCCAGAAAACAGCGUCUUCUUCCAAGGAACCCGUAACGGCGCCUAGCACUGAUUAGGAGGCCACGGACUCGGUUUAACUACUAGCCUGCAAAGGACCAAGUCUUAAAACUUAAGCUGCGACAAUUUGGAAGAAACGUUGAAAUAAAGUGCACUAGCAAUAAUGUCACUUGCUGGCUACAUAUGAAGACGGCAGCGAAUUGAGUUCUAUUCAGUGUCAAUAAUUUAUAUUGAAUGACGCCACAGUCAAUAGUUUCUGGCAAUAACGUGGAAGGAAUAAAGGUCUGAUUGUUAAAA